GAAUCAAAAAUUCCGACUUACCAGAAGAUGUGGAAAACUAUGGAAAAGGAACCAAUCGUGUUUACCAAGUCAAACAGUGAAGGUGUUGAGCGGGUCCUGCAAGGCAACUACGCAUACUUGAUGGAGUCAGCCUCGAUUGAGUACAGAGUGGAGCGAAACUGUAAUCUGACACAGAUAGGAGGACUUCUGGAUUCCAAGGGAUAUGGAAUAGCAACUCCAAAAGGUCAGAUUUACUUAAGUAAUAAAAUGAGAAGACGAAACUGUAAUCUGACACAGAUAGGAGGACUUCUGGAUUCCAAGGGAUAUGGAAUAGCAACUCCAAAAGGUCAGAUUUACUUAAGUAAUAAAAAG